CUAGGCUACGAGGAGGCGAGAAGGCCGCAAUCCGUUGUGGGAGUGAGAACCCAGGAACAGGUUGGAAAAUGCAAGGAAAUAAAGGCAUUAACAUGGAGAAGCAAAACCAUGCUCCAAGAAAACAGCAUCAGCAACAGCAUCAACAACCACCUAUUCCUGCUAAUGGACAGCAGGCCAACAGCCAGAAGAGAAUGUGUACCUUAUUCCCCUCAGAUGAAGGUCUCACUAUUGACCUGAAGAAUUUCUGGAACCCUGGUGAAAAGACAUUCACCCAGAGGAGCUGCCUCUUUGUGGGAAACCUGCCUCCAGAUAUUACUGAGGAGGAGAUGAGAAAGUUGUUUGAAAAGUAUGGGAAGGCAGGUGAAGUCUUCAUUCACAAGGACAAAGGCUUUGGAUUUAUCAGGCUGGAAACUCGCACUCUAGUCGAGAUUGCAAAGGUAGAACUAGACAACAUGCCUCUUUGUGCGAAGCAGCUAAGAGUGCGCUUCGCAUGCCACAGCGCAUCACUGACUGUCAGAAACCUGCCUCAAUUUGUGUCAAAUGAGCUCCUGGAGGAGGCCUUCUUUGUGUUCGGCCAGCUGGAAAGGGCUGUGGUUAUUGUGGAUGACAGAGGAAGAUUGUCUGGGAAAGGCAUUGUGGAGUUUUCAGGGAAACCUGCUGCUAGGAAAGCUCUGGACCGUUGUAGUGAAGGGUCUUUCCUGCUAACUACAUUUCCUCAGCCUGUCACUGUGGAGCCAAUGGAUCAGUAUGAUGAUGAGGAGGGUCUGCCGGAGAAAUUGGUCAUCAAAAUCCAGUUAAUCUGA